AUGUCAAUUAAAGCGAAUUACUACGGCUCGUUGCUGGAGUCGUCUACGGUGUGUCUGGGAUCCGGUCCGGAUGGAGAGGUUUACGCUCCCUUCAGAGAUCUGCUGCCGAUGGUGCAUCCCAAUGACAUUGUGUUUGAUGGCUGGGAUAUCUCUUCUCUGGACCUCGGCAGAGCCAUGGAGCGCGCUCAGGUUCUGGACUGGAGUCUUCAGGAGAAGCUCUGGCCACACAUGAGCCAGCUCAAACCCAGACCCUCCGUCUACAUCCCAGAAUUCAUAGCUGCUAACCAGGAGCACAGAGCUGACAACCUCAUCAGAGGAAGCAAAGCAGAGCAGGUGGCUCAGAUCCGCAGAGAUAUCUGUGAUUUCAGAGAGAAGAGCGGCGUGGAUAAAGUCCUCGUUCUCUGGACGGCGAACACCGAGCGAUUCUGUGACGAGAUUCCCGGAGUCAACGACACGGCCGAGAACCUGCUCAACAGCAUUCAGACGGGGCGUGAAGUGUCUCCCUCCACCAUGUUUGCGGUGGCCAGUGUUCUGGAGGGCUGCGCCUACAUUAACGGCUCGCCGCAGAACACCUUUGUCCCCGGAGCCGUGGAUCUGGCCCUCCAGCGCGGCGUCUUCAUCGGUGGAGACGACUUCAAAUCUGGACAGACCAAACUCAAGUCUGUGCUGGUGGAGUUCCUGGUCAGCGCUGGAAUCAAGCCAACGUCUAUAGUGAGUUAUAAUCAUCUCGGCAACAACGACGGUCUGAAUCUGUCGGCGCCGCAGCAGUUUCGCUCUAAAGAAAUCUCCAAGAGUAACGUGGUGGAUGACAUUGUGCAGUCGAACCCUGUACUGUACCGACCCCGAGAGAAACCGGACCACUGCGUGGUUAUUAAAUAUGUGCCCUAUGUGGGCGACAGCAAGCGUGCGAUGGAUGAGUACACGUCUGAGAUCAUGAUGGGAGGAACAAACACCAUGGCUCUGCACAACACCUGUGAGGACUCUCUGCUGGCCAGUCCCAUCAUUCUGGAUCUGGUGAUGCUGACAGAGCUGUGUCAGAGAAUCACGUUCUGCACGCAGGACGAUCCGGUGUUCCAGGGCUUUCACAGCGUCCUCUCGCUGCUGAGCUUCCUCUGCAAAGCUCCUCUCGUGCCGCAGGGGGCUCCGGUGGUCAACGCCUUCUUCCGCCAGCGUGCGUGCAUCGAGAACGUCAUGAGAGCGUGCCUCGGCCUGCCGCCGCAGAAUCACAUGCAGCUGGAGCACAAGAUGACGAGGAGCUUCAUGCAUUCAGAGGAAAACCACAUCCAUGAUCCCGUCCUCAUGAACGGAAAGAUCGAGCACGUCAAAGCCUGUCAGUCUGCCAAAUACAUCGACAUUAACGGCCAGGAGAAGCUGCAACACACAAUCACAUAAAGAGCAGCUAGAUGUUUACUACUGUCUGAAGUCUGAUCGAAGUCAAAUCCAGUUGCUUUCUUAUGCAACAGCCUUGCUUGAUUUUUGUAUUUGCACUUGAGUACUUGUUCUUGUUUGGCGAGUAUACUGUCAUUCUGGAUGAAUAGUCAUCUGUGCAUUCCCAGACGUGGAAUUUUUUCCCAGGUUUUGUACAUGAAUGCACUGAGAAACUCAUCGUUUUUGUUUGUUGUACAAAAUUAAUUCAUUCUUGAAUAGUGAGAAUUGUUGUUGCAUUUGGCAAAUGUAUAAAUAC